AUGAAACGAAAACCCGAUGAUGGGGUCGCCACCCCAGGCUCGAAAAGACCCUCUCGACAAGACCCCGUUUCCUGCGAGUCCUGUCGAAAGAAAAAGCUGAAGUGCGACAGAGGGCUUCCAUGCAGUAGCUGCACUGCACGAAAACUGGAAUGCAGCUAUGGUGGCUACAGCUCGAGCGCAACGCCCGUACGACCUAUGUUGAACGGUCGCGUGUCUGAAUCACCUCGGACCAUGCAGUGGACUCCACAACAGGACACAGAGUCGCAAAACCGCAAUCGAAAUGAGCCCCUUUUGACAGCCGAUUGGCUUGAGACUAUUGUUAUGGGACACCGCGUCCCGAGUGCAGUCCCCGCCACGCUGAGGGCGGAGCUUUCCCAGCGCCAGGAACCCGAGCGCUCGCCUACACAGCAAAAUACUACACCUGGCGAUCGAUUUCCUGCGAUUUGUGAACGGCUCGCCUCUCGUGAGAAUCCGGCGACGAUUCAUCUUCCUUCGUAUUUACCACCGCUGGCAGAAGCACUGAGUCUAUUUCGGUAUUUUUGUAAAUAUCUUGACUUCCAGUAUCAUGUCAUCAUACCCAGUCGUGUGGAGCAACAAAUUGAAACAAUCUAUGACCGUGUUGCGCGAAAUGAGACUAUAAAUAUGGCUCAUACUGCGCUGCUAUUCAGCAUCACCGCUGCCGCCUUGUAUUACCAACUCCUGAUAGAGUCGCCCGAGCACGCGGAACCAUUCAGUCAAGAAUGCACAUUUUUGGCAGGCGCCGGAUUGAUCCAGAGCAAUUAUAUCCCUUAUCCCAGUCUUGAAGGACUGCAAGCGACUAUGAUUAUUGGUCAUUAUCUGUCCAAUAUGAACUUUCCCUCUUCCGUCAGUCCUUUAUUUGUGCAUAGGUCAUUUGUGAGUCAAGCCACUAGUAUGGGGCUUCAUCUUGUGGACUCUCCUCGGGUUGUGGCCGAACGCUCAGCAAAUAAAUUUGAUAAAACUAGUGUUGAACUCAAACGACGGCUGUGGUGGGACUUGGCAACAUAUGAUUGGUUAAUAGGCUUUUUGAGCGGACCCCAAGAGUGGACCUACUCGAUCCAACCUCAGCAUAUGGUUGUACAAGAACCUCUUAAUGUUGAGGAUGAGGAAAUCGAGCGCAGCGAGAAUGGUGUUCCUCUUUCUACUCCAACCGCAAUGUCAUUCAGUCUAUGUCGAUUGAAGUUGGCUGUUGUGUGUCGCCAAAUAGUGGACGAAACGUCACACUACCAUCUCUAUGGACAAGAGGUACCUUAUGAGAAGAUACUCGAGCUCGAUCAAAAGCUUCACAAGAUAUACACAGAGGUUCCCAACUACUUUCGCUUUGACCAAGUCUCCCGGCGUGAGAACUCGGCGCUUUAUCGUGAGCGGCCAAAUCUCGCGUGGCAGCGAGCUCUAGUACAGCAGGGCUUUCAUUCACGGCUAUGUCGCUUGCAUCGCCACUAUCUCGUACGCGGAGCAAAGGACCCCAAGUAUUCCUAUUCGCAUGUCGUAUCUCUUCAGUCCGCGCGCAAGGUGCUUGAAGUAAAACGCAUUAUGGAUGAGGAAGAGCCUGUGUUCACACCGCAUAGCUCGGUCAUAUGGGCAGUCAUGCACCACGUAUUCAUGGCAGCUGCCAUCCUUCUGAUAGAUGUGUGUUUCAACUGGGAUGACAUUUUGGCCGAGAAGCGAAAAGAGGAAGUACUCGACGCUUGUCGAAUGCUCAGCCGGGCACAACAAUCCUCACCCACCGCACGUGAGGGAAUCAAUGCCAUGAUGGGGAUCUUGCGAAGGCAUUGGAAACACGAAAAAAGACCAAGCUCUCGUGACUUACAGGAACUUUCUGCCUCUCCAAAUUUAAAUGCCACGAGAGCCAUUGCUCCACAGCCAGAUAUCCCCACACCUGUUUCAUUGUGUUCCAAGGGCGUCACGUUUCCUCCGGAAUUUUCUAAUGGCCAAUCGACUGUGGGCCCUUCAGCAGAUGCAUUGCUUAGUUCAAUGCCACUGGAAGACAUAUGGGCGGAGAUGCUAGAUAGCAGCGGCAAUGUUGAGUGGAAUACCCCAGACUGGACUGACUUGCUCACCGAGUUGACAAAUGUUGCUUUGCCAAGCGAGUAA